AUGGCAGCGUCGCCAGAAGUCGGCGCUUGGCACACUGUAGCCCGGCGCAAAAAAGGCCCUCGCAGCAACAACAGCCCCCACGCGGCCGCGCGACAGGCCAAAGCCGGCCUCGACCAACCCGACGCACGAUCAACAUCUGCCAAACACCCCAUCAUCAAGAACGGCCGCCUGCAGGAGCCACUGAGCACACCAUCACAGCAUCAGUCACAUCUCGCAGAGAUAGACAGGACGUACGGCCGCGUCCGCACCGCAUACACAUCCAGCCCCAGCUACGCCGCACUCGAGGCCCUCGUCCGUACCCACGCAGCCAGCCACGCCCCCAUCACGCGCGCCAUCUGCCUCGGUAAUGGGCCCCUUCACGCCCCCGAUUCGAGUUGGGAUAGGCGGCGGGCCGCCAACAUCCAGACCGCGACGUUCCUCGCGCUGGUCGAGCUCUUGACCUGCGACUUAUUUGUCGGCAGUAGCAGCAGCAGCCAUGAGAAGAAGCCAAGGAUCCGCUGCAUCUUCCAAGAACCCCUAUACACGGCCGCGGACCGCGCCUAUCUGACCACAACGCUGGGGUGUGAAGUCGUCGACGACCCCGAUGCUCUCGAGCAUGUCACCGAGGACUCGCUAGUCUGGGGCGUGCACAUGUAUCACUCCGUUUACGGCGACAUCUUGUGCCGGGUUGCCGAGCCGGCAAUGCUCGUGGGCACGCCGUGGGACGUCUGGGAUGCGCUGCCGCCGGACGAGGAUGGGCGGGUCGCCGAGUCGCUGAAGGGCCUGGCCAAGAUGGAUGCAUCGGCCGAAUAUGACCUUUUCGCCUUCCCACAGGACGAGGGGCAUUUUACCUUUUGUGACACUGGUAUAUACUGGAGGAGGAAUAGGACGAUGGCUGCGCAGGAUAAACCACUUGCUGCGGAAAAUCAUGUGGGUGAGAAUGACGGCGAAGCCGGUCCUCCUGAGAAGGAAGCCCAGGGGUAA